UUUUUGGGAUGAUCCAAUCUCACAGCUCGUAGAGCAUCUUCUCUUAUCAAAUUCUUCAAGUUCAUAUUCUGUGCUUUUGUCUAUAUUUCCAGGGAACCAAACAGAAAAAUGAAUAAUUAAAAAAAUUGCAUUGUCUAUUAUAUAAUCUAGAUGACUAUAUGACAAACAGAAUCAACAUCAUCUGACAUGUUUGUUUGUGGACCAAUCUAACAACUUCAUCAUAAUUCUACAACAAUGAUAAUUGACCAAAUGAUUACCGUCGGUUCAUAUAAGAUUUUCAUUUUAGUAAAUCUUUGAGCUGUACUAGAAAAUGGAGUUGCACAUUAGUUAAUGAGAGAAGAAGAGAAUGAAUAGAGAAGGAAAAGUAGUAUGUGUAACAGGAGGGUCAGGUUACAUAGCAUCAUGGCUGGUCAAGUUCUUGCUCCAUCAUGGAUAUACAGUGAAAGCCACUGUUCUUGAUCCAAAUGAUUUAAAGCAAACUGAACACCUAUUUGCACUUGAUGGAGCUAAGGAGAGACUCUUCUUGUUCAAAGCAAAUUUACUGGAAGAUGGAUCUUUUGAUUCCGCCAUUGAUGGAUGUGAAGGUGUAUUUCACACAGCUUGUCCACUCUUUUGUACAAAUGAUCCACAGGCAGAACUGAUUGAUCCUGCAGUGAAGGGAACUCUAAACGUUCUCAGAUCAUGUACAAAAGUCCCUUCUCUCAAGAGAGUGAUCAUAACAUCUUCAAUGGCAUCAGUUAUGUUCGAUGGAAAGCCUCUGAUACCUGAUGUGGUAAUUGAUGAGACUUGGUUUUCAGAUCCUACCUAUUGUGAGUCAAUAAAGCAUUGGUAUCUGUAUGCAAAAACCAUAGCUGAGAAGGCUGCCUCGAAAUUUGCAGAAGAAAGUGGAAUUGACAUUGUCACAAUACAUCCAGGAUUUGUAAUUGAUCCUUUCUUACAGCCAACUCUAAAUGUCACUGUGGAGGUUAUUCUAAACUACAUAAAUGGAGAAACAUUUCCUAAUGAAAUUUACAGAUUUGUUGAUGUUAGAGAUGUUGCAUCUGCACAUAUUCAAGCUUUUGAACAAGCUUCUGCUAAUGGCAGAUAUUGUUUAGUCGGAAGAGUUGUACAUUUCUCCGAGUUCUUAAAGAUCGUUCAUGAACAAUACCCUGCUCUGCAACUUCCUGAAAAAUGUGAAGAUGAGAAGCCUUUUGCAUUAAAAUAUGAGGUUUCAAAGGAGAAAGCUAAGAGUUUAGGCAUCAACUUCAUUCCCUUGGAGGUGAGUGUUGUGGACACCAUUGAAUGUCUGAAAGACAAGGGCUUUCUUGAUGUCUGAAUCUUAUGUUAUUUU